GCCCCGAUACGGAGCCGGGCUGUAGUGGCUGUGCUUGAUGUGGUGGUACGCGGAUGGGUAAGUGUGGAGAAGAAAAAUGAGCAGGUACGCUUUGAGGCAGUGGACAAAUGCGAGGAGUGCGAUGAUGAAAACACUUUCUAACGACGAGCGGACCGACUUGCACCCAUGCGGACAUUUCGAAUGUGUACAAAUGUUGAGCCUCCUGUGUGCGUGCGUGUGCGACUUUCUUUUGUUCUUCUUGCUGCUCGUCUGCCCUUACUGUUCUGAGUAAGUGCCCUGUCGUCUGGUGACGUGAGGUUUGCCGAGCUGUGGUUGGAGGUGCAGCUCUGCAUUGUGUGCCGUCGUAGGUGAGGAAGGGGUGCGAGCCGGAGGAGAAGGCACCCCUCAAUGCUGCGGUGCAAGGAGGAAGCGUGCGGUACUUCGCCGUUCCGGUGUAAAACACUCAUGUCAACAAUAAUAGAGCCGCAACUCUCAUCAAAGAAUACGUGAAGUAGCGCCAUAGAAAGAUAAAUAGAGAGGGAGAGGGGGAGGUAUCCGCACGGUUUCCUUCAGCGGCACUUGCGUUGCGUAGGACACGCUAUUUUGAAGUACAGUUCCAAAAUGGUAAUAAUUAUCAUAGGUGAGCAGCGCAGUUUUAUGGGAAACAAGCAUACAAACGUAGAGCACGGAGAAGUCAAUCGUUUUGUGGGAUUACCGGCUCGCUCGCUCCUACAGCGGCGCGUUUGGGCCCACCGUUCUCAGCCUCGCACCAACUUUGGGUUCUUCCUUUUGUUCUUCUUCCUCUGCGCAUCACUCCUUCUCCUUUUGUAAGAAUUCUUCGACGGUUCCACAGCUUUUGCCUUCGCAGUUGUGCCGAUACUCGCCAACGGGAAGCCAGGAGAAAAAGGAGAAUACUCCACGCACUUAGUGCGCUGCUCUCUCAAAGCGCUACAACACCUGCAUAAGGAUCCGACGCAAGGACUUUUUGUUUCUGGUAUCUGUGCGCCUUGGUUCAAGCACAAAUCACACAGCAAUGCGGUGCAGCGCUUCCGCGUGUGUGCGUCGGGCGGCCGCCGUCCACAGCACCCCCUCCCUGCAGGGUGCUGUCCCCGCGACCGCAAUGCUGGCUUCCUCCUUGACGAGUUCAACGCGUUCCUUCGUGCAGGGCGCCCCACCGCUGCCGCAGAGGGUGACGGACAAGAAUAACAAGGAACGCCCGCGCGGCUCUUACAGGGAGGAGAUGGAUAGUGAGCGCGCGCGUCGCCAGCGUGCGAUUCACGAGUUCUUCGCGACACACGAGCCGAACUGCCCGGAGCCGCUGGAGGAGAACGCGUUCGUGAAGGGGCAGUUUGGCAUGCGUCGGCGCUACUUCGUGGACCACCGCGGCAAGAUUGAUUCCAUCGCGUUGGGAGCGGCCGUGGCUGACAGCACGAAUGCGAUGCGAAAAUAA